AUGAUCUCUGCAGCACAAUUUGUGCUGGUAAACGCCCAAUUUCUGACCAGCACGAGGCCUGCGCUCUCUCGAGUGGCCCCUAUUGCUGCACCCCUGAUCUCAUCAACUUCCAAUGCCGCAUCGACAGAUGUAGCCUUCGAACCAAGGAUCGCCAAUCUAGAAGUCCACGCCUCAGAAGUUGAAGACAGAAGCGCCGUUGGCAGCGAACACAAAGUGGAUGACAAUCUGUGCUCCAAUCUGGAGUGUCGCGGGCAUCACGACGCGGGCGAAGAAGAGGUUGAACGCCGCGCUGCUUGGGAGUUCUUCUUUGAAAAAAAUCCUGAGUACUACUGGGACGAGGAUGAGUAUCAGAUUCUCAAGAAGGAGAACUCGCACAAGCAUCGACCAGCCCCGCAGGCACUGCCACCACCCCAACAUCACAACCCGACUCCACCACAGUAUUCCAAUCCGGCUCUAGCGCAGGCUCCAGUACAUCCUGAUAAACAAGACGGUGACGAUUUCGUCGUCGUGAUCCCUAAGGACAAGACGAAGGGGGAAGCUCUCAUGGUGCCUGCGGGUGAGUACAACGACUACCUCUCCAAGAACCCUCAGUAUCGUCCACAGCCUCAGGGAGCUGGCCAGCAAAUGCAACAGAACAUGCCCUAUCAAGAGCAGCCCCAAGCCCAGUCUCAGCAGCGCGUCCCUCAAGCCCAGCCUUACCGAAGCCAGCAUCCACAAGGGCAACCCAGGCAUGGACAUUAUCACAUUCCCCAGGCUCACGGCAAAGCCCCCGUCCAGCAACCGCAUUAUCCCGUUGGAAGCUAUAGGCCCCAGAAGCAUCAGAAGCGACGCGUGAGACCUUCUCCUUAUAAAUUUCCAAAGACCCCCGAAGCUUUAGCGUUCACACGAGCAUAUCGUGAGGAUAUCAGGCAAAACGGGCGAGUGAAGCCCAAGCCAGAAGAUCAGUUGAAAGAGGAGGAGGAGGAGGAGGAUGAAUCCGAGGCGGAAGCAGACUUGAACCACCCAAUUGUUGACCAGUCACCAGAAUAUGACCAAGGUUCGCAGAUUCAAGAACUCGCACAGCUCGCUAUCGCAAACGAGGGCGACGAGAGUCAAGAGCCAUACGCCGACGAGGGCUAUGUUGAUGGAGCUGGAGAGUACUACGAUCCACACAACGAAGAGGUGGACGACUAUGUUGAAGACCUUCCGGCGGGCGGUGUUCCUGAGCCCUGGAGCAACGAUGUCGAGCCUUCGCCCAACACUGGUGCAGGCUGGAAACUCGCUCCUUUCCGACCGAACUUCGAGAUUCCCGGAAUACAGAGCCCUUUUGAUGCGUUCAGGGCUCACGCCAACGGUGAGGGACUUGUCAGUGAUGAGAAGCUUGCGAAAAUGAAAGCAGCUGCCGAAGAGCGCAAGGCCGCGGAAGCAGCGGCGAAACAGAAGCAAAACGUGGUCCAGGAACAGAACCAGCAAUCAAAGCCAACACAGAAGCAACCAAUGCUCUCUGGUCCAGAGAAGCUUGAGGAAAUGAAGGCAGUCGCCGAGAAGCAGAAGGCCGCUAAGAUUGCUAAGGCCCAAAAGCAAGCGCAGGCCGAUAAAGAAAUGCAGAAACAGCAGCAAAAGCAACAGCAAAAGCAGCCGCAGGCAGAUCAGCAACUGAAACAGCAGCGAAAACACCAGCUGAGGUCAAUAGCGGCUCCCAAGCUGGUAGCCGGUCAGAAUCGUCGACGUGUUUUGUUCGAGGAUGAGGACUGGCAGACGUCUCAUGGGGCUCGACAUCACGUCUGGAGAGACUCCAAGGCGGUCAACCUCCGCGUCAAUGCCAACAGCUAUCUCAGCCCCGGCCUCUGCGUGAGCCUCAGCGUCGAACUCCGAAUAAACCUCAGCCGCAACCCAAAAAACUACCUCGACAGAAACCUCGUCCUCGAAAACCGAAACAACGGCAGCAGUCUCCUCAGCGAUCGAAGCAGCGACUGGAGCAGCGGCCGCAGCCUCAAGGGCUGA